UUCAGCCUAUUGCAUUUUUAUAGGCUUCUUAUAUGCUGGGAGGAAAUCACUCAUUCUCAGGGGUCCAGUAGACAGCGGAGAACUGAACGAAUAACAAAAGAUGCCAGGAAACCACCAUUUUUCCUUCCGACUUUUCAAUAAGCUGCUUUCUUCCACCCCUCAGAGUAGAAGCUGAGGCCACCGAGUGAGUGAUGAGGGCUCUCCCCGAGGAAGCUCAUAAAGGUUUUACUCCAGGCAUUAUAAAAUGUGUCCACAGAUGCUUUGACGUGCAAGCUGGUGCUUGAUCUGGUGCCUCGGUCCUGCGGACUGGAAUGAAGUGGAAGGAGUGAGGUUCUGUCUGGAUGUAUCUUUUCUCACCACCUAACGGCUGGAGAGGGGACCAGCCUUGGAUCUUGCAGCUCUCCCCCAGGACCAGGCCUGGUCUAAGGACGUGUCAUACUUGACAGAUGAUGAGUUUCCAGGGCUUUGAUUUAGUCCAGCGGGCUCCAAAAGACACAAACAGUGGCUAUCCCAAGGGGAGACUAAUCGGAUUGCCCUUGGUGCCAAGACAUUCGAGUCUGUCAUGGGUGGCAAGCCCGCAGUCAUGUGGUACCAGCGGGGCAGCUGUAUCAACAGGCCCCUUCCAAGGCUCAUGCAGGACUCUGCCAGAGACUGGCUUCCAAAUAAACGAGGGGGGACGAGCCAGUGGGCAACGGACGUGGAACCGUCUGAGGUGAAGAGCUGUUAGCAGGCCGUGGCCGGAGGGGGCUAGUCCUGUGUGAGAGCCUGAGCCCUUAGAAAGCCCAUGGCUCUCCACUGUUGUGCCAUAGCCGUUGCUGGUUUGCUGCCCAUUAACUGGGUAUACCUUGGUGCCUUUCCAGAAGGUGACUGGCAUACCUUGACACUUUGACCAGGAUUUCUCCACCCAAGGCCCAGAUGACUGCAAUAUCCUUGGGAUAGUUUCUUUAUUGAUCUGUACAAGUCCCUCCCUGGCACCACAAGACCGAGUCAUAAAAGUGUUUUCCAAGUCCACAGCACGUGCAUUUUCUGGGUGAUGGGGAAGAACACUGCUUCCAGCACAUCGCACUGUUGGCCGCAUCCGAGCAGAACCUGAAACUGCCGGAGGGAAGGAGACGCAUUUCCCCUCCAGGCCGGGGAACAACCAGCAGGCCUUUUCUUUGCUGGUCAUGUCUUCCGUGGGAACUGCUGAGCCCGACGGGGACCAGAGGGACAGACAUGUCAGCAAGCUCAUCUUCUUCCUCUUUGUCUUGGGUGCAGUCCUGCUGUGUGUGGGGGUCCUACUCUCCAUCUUUGGGUACCAGGCAUGCCAACAUAAGCCCCUCUCACACUGCAGCAUGGUGCUGAAGAUUGCUGGGCCUUCGUGUGCGGUGAUGGGGCUGGGAGCUGUGAUUCUGGCUCGGUCCCGGGCACGCCUGCGUCUGCGGGAGAGGCAGCGGCGAGGCCAGCAGGACCCCGACCAAUCCUUCUUCUGUGGAGAGAGCCGCCAGUUUGCCCAGUGCCUCAUCUUCGGGUUCCUGUUCCUGACCAGCGGCAUGCUCAUCAGCAUCCUGGGCAUCUGGGUGCCUGGGUGCGGCUCAGACUGGGCACCGGAGCCACUGAAUGAGACGGACACCGGAGAGACAGAGCCCCAGAUCUGUGGCUUCCUUUCGCUGCAGAUCAUGGGGCCCCUGAUCGUGCUUGUGGGAUUGUGUUUCUUCGUGGUGGCCCAUGUUAAGAAGAAAAACAACCUGAGUUCGAGCCGAGAGACCUCUGAAAUGGAAGGCGGGCACACCCCCAGCACGGAGCCUGUCCACAUCACUGUAGGUGACUCGGUGAUAAUAUUCCCGCCCCCUCCGCCACCUUACUUUCCUGGGUCUUCAGCAGGGACCCCAUCUCCUGGGGCUCAUGGCUCACACCAGGUGGAAAACCCACCUUCGUAUUCCAGCCUUUUUAACCACAGCAGGAUCCCGGCUCCUGAGAGCCAGGGCACAGCCUCUGAGAGAGAACAGGAAGUCAUAUUCACCAUUUCUGGGUCGUGUUCAUCCCCUGAGAGCUCACGCACUGGACAUCUUCCACUGGAUUUGCCCCCUAGAUAUGAAGAGAAAGAAACUGCCCCAGCCAUGCCCUUGGCUGAGCCUUCUGAGCCAUCCCGACCAUGAACUAUGGACUCCAGCACAGUUUUAUAUAUGUCAUAGAUUACUAUUUUAUUUACUUUGUUUUUUAAUAAAAAAUACAGUAACAUUG